UUCUUUCUUUUUGGUAUCAGAGCUAGCAUUCUCUUAUCGUUUUUUUUUUCUCUUCUGCCGUGUUCUUGAUCAAUUGCAGCGAGCAAUUGUGAAGUUGUUGCUGCCCCUGUUUUGUUAGUCUGUCCGUAUUGUUCCAGAAUCCCAUCAACGCUGCAGGUUUUAGGCUAUACCGACAGCAAGAGAGAUGGCUGAAGAAAAGGGAGCUGGUUCUCAGAUUGUUCCAGCGGCCGCUCCAAUUAUGGUGCAGUCAGAGAAUUCAAGCUUUAAUAUUGGUAUGGUUUUGGAUGAAAAGAACUAUGAUUUAUGGGCUCCUCUCAUUCAAAUCCAUAUUGCUGGAAGGAAGAAGAUGGGAUAUCUUCGUGGGUCUAUCAAGGCACCUAACGAAGAUGAUCCUAAAUAUGAUGAUUGGUUCUCUGAAGAUCAAAAAAUUAAGAGUUGGCUUUUGUCUUCAAUAAAGCCUGAGAUUAUGAAACGGUACAUUAGGCUGUCUACAUCGAAGGAGAUUUGGGACUCCCUUAAGGCAGCAUACUUCGAUGAGAAUGACGAGGCUAGAAUUUAUUCGUUGAAUCAGAAGGCAUCACGUCUUCGUCAGAAUGGCCGACCUUUGGCUACCUAUUUUGGGGAGCUAACUGAGAUUUUCCAAGAAUUGGAUCACUUUAAUAAAGUAUCCAUGGAGUGUGAAAAUGACAUCAAGGUGUUUCAAAAAUCCACUGAGAGACAACGAGUCUAUGUGUUUCUUGGUGGUCUCGAUGAUGGGUUUGAUCAGGUGCGUGGAGAAGUGCUACGGAAGGAUCCCCCACUUGGCCUUCAGGCUUCUUAUGCAUAUGUUCGUCGUGAAGCCGAUCGGAAGGAAGCAAUGAAGACGGAGGUUGACAAGAGUGAACCCGCUGCCAUGGCAGCAAAGGCCCGUGGAUCACCUUAUGGGCCUAACCGAGAAGGGUCACAAAAUCGGCCAGGACAAACUCGGACUAGCCAGCCAAGCCGAGAUCGUCCUCAAGGUAAGUGCCCACACUGUGGCAUGCCAGGACACUCCAAGAGUCGCUGUUUUGAGCUGAUUGGAUAUCCCGAGAAUUGGGAUAGGACCCGUGAUCCUCGGUGCAACAAGUCUCGAUCCUCUGUUGCAGAAACCAAGAAUGAUUCGGACCAAAUCGCAGACAAGGCAUCUCCCAUGAUUGCUGCGGCAGGUAGUGAUGGACAUCCGGGCGCGGAAGACGAUUGGUUAUGGUAUUAGAAGAGGAAAACUUUAUUACUUGGAAUUGACCACCAGUAGUUCUAGCUUGCUGACUCAAGCUCUUUCUGUUGAUGAUUCUCAUGGGGAUACUAAUAAAGUGUCGGACAUCUGGAUGUGGCACAGGCGCCUUGGGCAUGCUUCCUUUCGCUAUCUACAUAAGUUAUUUCCUAGUUUGUUUGUCAAGACUGAUGUUUCUCAAUUCAAGUGUGAUGUUUGUGAAAUGGCUAAGAGCCAUCGAACCUCAUUUCCUCCCAGUUCCAAUAAAAGUAUCAUUCCUUUUA